AUGGACAGCAGUCAAUUACUUUGUUUGGUCGUUCUUUCAAUCGUCUCAUUCAUUUUUAUUAAGUCAUAUUUUACGAAUGAGAAGUCGUCAAAAUCAGCAGAACGAUCGCGAAGAUCAAAUGCCAGCGAAUCCAGAUCGGACGAAAUUUCCGAUAAACCAGAGGGCAGUGUAAAAUUGCACACGAUGAUCGAAUUGAGAAAAAUGCCAAUGGGUGAACUUCAGACGCAUAAUAUACAAUUUGGCAAGAUUACUGAUCGAUAUUGGAGGGAAAUAUUUCGAAGACAGAACAAUAUUCACCAGCCUGAUCACAUAAAUGUCGCGCGUCUCCAAACCUCCAACAUUCUCACGAUUCUCGACGAAAGCCUUCCGCAUGGAGCAAUGCAUGAGCUAACAAUUAUUGGUCUCCCAUCAAAAACAUUUUCUAACCGGAAAAGCGAAGUAAUUCGAUACCUGCGAGAUCGUUUAUCAUCGUAUCCUCAAUAUGACAUACUCUACCAAUCCAACGAGGUACUGUCAAUUGUGAAAACUCAAUCAUAA